AUGAUUCUCGUGGCCGCGCAGCUGCGGAUACUUUCGCUGCGCAUAGCCAGUCUGAAAACGGAGGACUGCGAAGAAAAUCUAGAAGAUGGGGCGAGACGCAUGAACGGCAUGCCAGCAGACACCUGCGAUAAAAUGCACCAAAAUUUGUGUCUUUGUAUCGAAACUCAUCAGAAAAUUCUCAGGUUCAUUAAGCACCUGCAGAACACUAUGAGUUCCGUCGUAAUGACGCAGUUUUGCUACUGCGUUCUCGCCGCGUGUGUGGCAUUAUUUCAAGCGACAUACAGUACAGACUUCAGUGCAGUGCUCAUGUGCGCCUCUUUCCUUCCAGUACCAAGUAGUCACGUGUUCCUUUACUGCUGGGCCGCACACAAUGUAACCGAGCAGGCAGAGGCGGUAGUGUUCUCAGCAUACAGCUGUUCCUGGGUGGAGGCAAGUGGACGUUUCAAACGCGCUCUCAGGAUCCUCAUCAGCCGCGCCCAGAAACCACUGGUUCUCACUGCUGGACACAUUUACCCUAUCAACAGGGAAGCCUUCGUCUCUCUGGUGAAUGCAUCCUAUUCAUACUACGCAUUGUUGGGUCAAAUGAAUAGACGUUAG